GAUGGCAGAAGAGCGUUUUCAUUUGCGAACAAACUACCUCGCACCCGAGACAGUUGAAUUGGCUCGACAAGAGUUACGGGAAACACCAGAAGUCAAGGAAAAGGCAUUAGUAGAAUUAAGAGAUUUAUUACAUGCGGCUACAGAUCUUCACUAUCGCGAUGAUGACGAAUUUUUGACAAUUUUCCUUAGGGCAUGCCAUUGGUACCCACAAAGUGCCCUUGAAAAGAUGCGUACCGUUGCUGAGUUCCGAAAAGCUAACAAAAAUUUAGUAUGGCACCUUAUGCCACAGGACGAAGAAGUUGCAUUUACCCAGCAUAACACCGUCAACAUAUUGGCAAACUGUGAUCAGAAGGGUAGACGUGUUUUAGUUAUGAAUGUAGGUGGAACAUGGGAUACAAAAGCUGUAUCUUCCGACUCCUUGUUUAAAAUUUUGUACAUGAUUCACAUUGGCGCACAAUUAGAACCUGAAACCCAAGUGCGCGGAGCAGUCGUUGUCAUGGACUUUGAUGGGCUAUCAAUGUCGCAAGUGAAAGCAUUGUCGCCUUCGUUCUCCAAGUUAUUGUUGACUUUCAUUCAAGAUGGUAUGCCAAUCCGACUUAAGGAAAUUCAUAUCGUGAAGCAACCUUUCAUUUUCAAAAUGGUAUGGUCACUAUUCAAACCAUUCAUCAGGGAGAAGCUCAAUAAGAGGAUAUUCUUCCACGGAAGCGAUAUGAAAUCAUUACAUAAAUACCUCAGUCCUGAUGUCCUUCCCGUUGAAUAUGGAGGCAAGUUGCCAAAAAUUGACUAUAGCGGAAAGGACUGGUACCCACAAAUUUUGGACCACCAAAAAUUCGUUGAAGAUUGGGGUGAAUUCGGUUUUGCUAAACAGUAAAACCAUCAAAUAUCUUAAUGAUAAAUAAAAAUAAAAUUUCCUCCCAAUUUUUUAAUUUUCAUUUGCGAUUUCUUUAAUAAAUUUAAUAACUUUAGAGACUGGUGCCAAAUUUAUAUUGAUAAGUUUCCGUUGAUAGGUUUUAUCCAAAACUUGUUUACUACCAAAUGAUUCAUAAGUGAUUUUUUAUUAAUAAUUUUGUCUUGCCUGUGUGCAUGUUGAGGUGAAAGUAUAGACAACUUAUGCAAUUGUACUGUUCCCUUUAGGAACAGAAAAUUUGAUGAUAGAUUGUAAGUUAGAUUCAAAUUUAAAUAAAGCAUUUUUUAAAAAA